AUAACCAUAUGGACACAGCGUUUAGCUGGGAGUGAACGAGUGAGCAAUAGAGGAAGGGAAGUGAAGGGAGGGUUAGAACAAGAAAGCGGGUUGGCUGACAGAAAGAAGGGGUGAAAUGCUGGCCAGAAUCUGAAAUGUCUGAGGAUAAGGAUGCUGGCAAAUGAGGAAGAAAUUGAAGUUAAGCCAAACAGCUCACCGAUGAGGGGAGAGCUGUGCUUUCUGUUUAGAAUUUGAGGGAAGACAAAAGGCAGGGGAAAGAAGAAGAAGAAAAUAAAUGGGGAGGAAAUAACAAAAAGGAAGCAGCAUUCUGUUUCACACUCCGGUGGUGAAGCUGAGGGCCUCACAAGAAUUCUCCUGGCUAUGUCCGCCAUCUGGAAUGUCGAGUCACUUCCUCUGUCUGCCCUGUGCUCUUAUGGGGUUGUCCUCUGCCUCUGUGCUCCCUCCCUCUGCUCUGACAGCACUCUGAAGAACCGCUGGAGACCACGCCAGAGCAGACGGAACCUUUCUGACGAGACACACACAGCAGCACACUCUUCCAGCAUGAAAGUAAAUUUCCCAGAGUAGCCUACAUCCAACCAAACAAACUCCAAAUGGAAUCUGAGCUUGGAAGAAGGAAAGGCAACUGCAGUGAUCAGCUGAACUUUUGGAGGGUGUUCCUAUUCCCUUAUAUGGCAACAGAGCUGGGAAAUCAUUUGAAUUAGUCUGGUUUCUGUUGCAUGCCUGUCUGGUUUUAGUGCUGACUGAGUUCCAUCUGGUAUGUUUCUGUCUUUGCUGCCUGCGUGUUUGCCUGGGAGUGUGUAAGUGCUGUGUGUGCAGCUUGAUUUGUUUAUUUUGCCAUUCUUGGUUCUUCUUUUCCUGUUGUUUGCAUGUGGGGCUUUUGUUUUGGGACAAGAGGAGGGCUUGUGUUUGUGGUUUAGCUAGAGGCUCCGUCAUUGCCUGAGGGGUGGCUGUUUCAUUCAGACUCUGCACUUCUCGCUGUUUUUCUUCUACCUCCUUCUCUCUCUUUCUCCCUCCCUCCCUCUGUUAUGAUGGUCUGUGUUUGUUGGAGCAACACACCCACCUAGGUGCAGCAACUUGCGACCAAAAACUGUAACUAGGUCUUUCUCUACACAAGGAUAUUACCAGAUAAAUGGACUGAAGGCUGUUGCUGGAGUGGACUAACCUUGCGCUCAGCUGGAUAUUUCUUCUUUGUGACCUCAAUUCAACAGGAUAUGUGACCCAGAAGAAAACAACAGGAACCCAGGAAGUGCUAGCUGGUAGAAUUUUCUUCUUUCUGACACUUUGGUCAUGAAGAAGAGGAUCAUGGGAAAGGCUGAAACACUAAAGUAGACCACUCAGCACACUCAGUGGCUAAUGACAUAGGUGAAAGAGCUCCAGUGCGGUGCUAUCAGAGCAAGUGUGACAGUAAACCUAUGUCAUCACCUCAUGUGGAUUAUUUUUAUGAUCAUAACUCUCAACAUUGUUUGCCAUGGCUACGGCAGCAUGGUAUCACCGUGACAUCAGCCGUGUGUAUGCAGAGGACUUGUUGGCACGGGCAGGGAGAGAUGGCAGCUACCUAGUGAGAGACAGUGAGUCUGUGCCAGGAGCCUAUGCAUUAUGCCUGCUGUUCCAACGUCAUGUUCACACCUAUCGUAUUCUUCCUGACGCAGAUGGUCUUCUAGCAGUUCAGACAACACAAGGGGUGCAGGUGAAUUGUUUCCGGACACUGGAGGACUUGGUGUUGGGGUACCAGCAACCCCACAAAGGCCUGGUCACUCCUCUGCUGUAUCCUGUACCCCGUGAUACGGACAGUGGUGACGAGAGCUCAGAUGAUGAGAAGCCAACUUCUGCUCCAGCGUCUGUCGGCACAGUACCUUUCAUAGGCUCCCCAGCAAAAGCAGCCCCUCGUGCCCUGUUUCUCGAUAAGUUGCAAGAGCUAAACACAUCCAGUACUGCAGGUGAUGUGAUUGGCCUGUUGAAUGACUACCUCUUCAGUGAGCUUCCUCUUGACAUUGAGAAUGUGCAUAAAGGGGCAACAACACUAUGCCACCUCAAACGCACUCUGGGUGCUGCCUGCCAAGGCCUCAACAGUGAGAUUGAUCUGACUCUCUCAAGUCUGGAGACCCUGGCCAAAGUCUUUGACCAUCCUAGCUGCUCCUUAACACCCCUCAAGGCACAGGGUUCAGAGAUGGAUAUAGAGAACCUGUUGUGUAAGAUCUCAGCUUUGGUCAGUCUCCUUUCUUCUUUGGAGAAAAAGGUAUUAAAAGCUUUACAAGAUGCUGUGACUAAUCACAACCUGGCAGUGCAGCCCAGCCCACCCCCUCCUGAACCAUCACCGACCUGUGUAACCCCCGCAAAGAGCAAUGCCCGGCAGCUGCCAGUCUACUCCUUUCAGGUGAAGAUGUUGAGGUAUGGCAGACAAACUGUUUCUGUGGAUGUGGACGCAGGAGUGUUGCUUUUUGACAAGAAGACUGGCUCAUUUGGUAUAGAAAGAGUCUCACAUGACAGAAUCCUUCAGAUUGUCAAGUUUCAGAGCAGUCCAGCCAAGGUACGCAUGAUGGUUGACAGCCACCACAGCACACCGCGGGAGAUGACGUUUGAGAGUGCACGGAAAUGCGAUGCGUUCUGCCAGCUCCUCCAGCUGAUGAAAACCAGGCACUCUCAGCGGAGUGAACCUGAUGUGAUCUCCGUUUUUGUUGGCACCUGGAAUAUGGGUGGCUCCCCUCCUCCUCGAAGUCUACAGUCGUGGGUGACCUGCUGCGGUCUGGGACACACCCCUGAUGACUCAACCGCCUUGCUUCCUCAUGACAUCUAUGCCUUAGGGACUCAGGAAAACCCCCAGGGGGAAAGAGAGUGGACAGAUCACAUCAAAGCAACCCUUCGCAGCUAUACUCACAUUGAUUUCAAACAAGUGGCAGUGCAGUCCCUCUGGAAUAUAAGGCUGGCCGUGUUUGUAAAGCCUGAGCAUGAGAGUCGCAUCAGCCAUGUGAACACAGCCAGCGUGAAGACUGGCUUGGGGAACACAUUGGGUAACAAGGGAGCUGUUGGGGUCUCCUUCCACUUCAAUGGAACGUCCUUUGGGUUCGUCAAUUGCCACCUGACGUCUGGAAGCGACAAAGUCCUGAGGAGGAACCAGAACUUUGUGGACAUCCUCAGGCUGCUGUCUCUGGGUGACAAACAGCUCUUUGCUUUUGACAUAAGCCUGCGCUUCACCCAUCUCUUCUGGUGUGGAGACCUCAACUACAGGCUUGACCUGGACGUACAGGACAUCCUGAAGCAUGUAUCCAAAAGGGAAUUUGAGGAGCUAAUGUGUGCCGACCAGCUGACCCAAGAGAGACACAAAAGGAAAGCCUUUCUCUAUUUCAAGGAAGAGAAGAUAGCAUUUCCACCCACCUAUCGGUAUGAACGUGGCUCUAGAGAUUGCUACCUAUGGCAAAAGUACAAGACCUCAGGGGUGCGAGUCAAUGUCCCAUCAUGGUGUGACAGGAUUCUGUGGAAGUCCUACCCAGAGACGCACAUCACCUGCACUGCAUACGGUUGCACAGAUGACAUCUUCACAAGUGAUCAUUCACCUGUUUUUGCCACAUUUCAAGUGGGAGUGACAUCACAGUCCACCUCCAAAACAGAUUCAAAUUCCAGCACGGAGAGGGCCUGGAUUAUUCUCGAAGGUAUUGAGGCGAUUGUGAAGACGGCGAGCAAGGCAAAGUUCUUCAUUGAAUUUCAUUCUUUGUGCCUUGAAGAGACGCGACGUUCAAGUGAGAAUGACUCACAGAGCUGUGACGUUCCUGGGUUUCUCAAACUCGCCUGGUCCUUCAAACAACUACCAAAGCUCCUUCCAAUUAUGUCUGAGAUGGAUCAUCUUCAAGAUCAACACAUGCUGCUGUCUGUGAAGUCAUGUGAUGGGUUUGAAUCAUACGGUGAAUGCUGUGUGGCUUUGCGCUCCGUCACCGGUGCAUCUGACCAGUUUGAGACUUUUCUGAGUCACCGAGGUGAGGAAAUGGGCUCCAUACGCGGACGUGUCAGAGUUCAUGUGCCCAAGGACAAGCAAGCAACGCGGGAGAAGAUCUAUGAGUGCUUCAGUAUUGAGAAAGAUCAUAAAGGCUCUGGUAGGGGACACAUGUCUCCUGCAGUGACACGGAUCCCUGUAACCAGGUCCUCAGCUGCUCCCGCCAAACUAAAUCCAAGCAGCUACACCAAUCCCGCUUACUACAUCUUUGAAGGCGUGUCCGUGCCACAUAGGGUGGAAGAUGCGCUUCCCCAUCGAAGGGAUCCUCAGGUGAUCUGGUCUGGUAAUGAGGCUUUGCAGCUCCCAAAAGUCUCAGGGAGGCAUAGCUUUGACAGCAGACCUGGCCGCAGAUCGGACUUUACAGAAAUUGAAAUUCCAGCCAUGCUGUCCCAGUAUUUGACAACCAGUGACCUUCAUGCAUCCCAAUCCCACUCUUCUUAUCAACUCUUUCCAGCCAAAACCCCAUCUCCCAUUCCUCCACCAUCACGUAAAGCCAUUUCACAUUGCCAAGAACAGACUUCACCACCCACAGGCAAAUAUCAAAGUAAAAAUAUUGUUCUGGACUCCCUACAGCCUGAAGUCAGUGUAAAGAACUUGUAUAUGAAUCACUCAGCAAUCAUGAGGGAAAAGGUGAGAAGGGAUCAACAUCAGCUUCUUCCAGAAAGGACCAACCCUAUCAAAGCAGCUAAGACACCAUCAGCUCUCCCCUACACUCGCACACACUGUCAGGCCACUGCUUCCUGGAUAGUGGAUCAUCAGCCCCCUGGACCUACAGGAGACAACUCACUCACUGCUUUGCAAAUUGCCAAGUCCCUCAGCGAAGUCGACUUUUUCCCCAUAGAGCAGAGAGGCCCAUCUAUACCCUACCAGAGGACGAAUUAUAGAAAUGGCCCUUCCAUGCAUGGAGAUAGAGGAUGCAGCUGGGAGAAAGAGUUUAUCUCACUGCAGGUGUCGACCCUGCAAGGCGCACCAGAGACUGUGCAGGAACUUCUUAGUACUCUGGGCCUUCAAAAAUACACCCUGGGACUUAGCCUCAAUGGUUGGGAUGAUCUGGAUUAUUUCAGUGGCAUCACUGAGGAGGAUCUGUGCGCUGCAGGAGUAAUGAACGCUUCACACCGACGCAGGAUUCUCGAGAAUCUGCCCAGGACCUGGAACUGAAAUAGAGAAACGGGCAACAUUAAUGGUACAAAAUAUCAUAAUUCACUCAGUUACAACUGGAAGAACUGUUAGAAGUAAAAGUAAGACAGGCUGCCAGCUGGACAUUACUACAGCCCUGUCAACUUUUCAUUUAUCACAUCAGUACUGUAACAAUAGAUUGUGUGUGUCGACACAGCAAAGAGAACACAGGAAGCAUGCGUUGCACAAUCUGCUUGAUUCUUCCAUCCAUGUUGCCAGAGCGUGAUGUUAUCCAUGGAAGUCCUUGGUAGGCAUUUCUCAUUACUGACGCGUAUACAAAUAUUGCUUUGUGGUAUUAAGGUCUCAUUGAUUUUAUUGUCAGUGAAUUCUAAAUGACUAUAAUAUUAUAGUCUUUCAAUUGCCAGUGUUCAUAAAAGGUUAUUGUUUUAUUUUCCACUUCCAUCCCUUCUGCUGUCUGUUUCCAUUACACUGCUAUUAAUGAGCCUGGGCCUGAGCUUUUAAAAGCAUCUCUAUUAAACCCACGAAGCAUAAAAUCUAUCUGUAUCUACUGGAAGUUCAUCUGGAAAGCUGAUACAAAAAGGCCUGCCAUAUGUCAUUUUGUUUACUGUCCUAUACUGUUAUUAUCCUGCCACUUAAUCUGUAAUAUGCCCACUGUGCAUGGUUCAUGCAGUUUUUAUAAAGUGGAUAAAGCAACUCUUGACUAUCACCAA